UGUGUGUGGUGUACACGGACACAGGCCUUAUCUCUGUGGGCCACGAGCCCCAUGCAGAGACCAAGGUGGGCUUUCUCAGAUUAGCUGCUGCCCAAAUCCCAGUUUCAGGCUAGACACAAGGAGGGGGAAGUCACAGGGGGCGUCUGCAGCCAUCACCGUCAUCCCCAAAGCAAAAGCCUGAUGCCUCUAGGACUGGGCAUUUAAGAAAAUACUGCAGCCAGGUGGUUACGUAGGCCACGCGCCCCACGGCAGAAGUGGGGUGGCCAUUUACAGCCCUCGCUGACUCCCCAAGUGUGUCUCGGUGACAAGUGCCACGUGGACGCCAACAGUGUCCAGGGCACGUUGGUCGUGUCAGGAAGCCUGGAGGCACCUGGAGGGAGUCCCAGUGACCUGCGCGGGAGGCCACGCAAGCCUGCGCACGCCUGUUGCCAACCUGGGGAACCCUAACUUGCAGGUGGUUCGUUUGGCGAAAAGGAACAGAAGGAAAGACUGGGAUGAGCCGCUCUCGGGAGGGACGCCGUGGAGAGCAGAAGGGCUCUGGCAAGGACCCCGUUGCUGGUCAUAAUGACAAGCCUUCCAGAGACCUUCACGGUGUGCCUAGCUGGCCUUGGCACUCUAGACAGUGAAUCAUUUAAUCCGCAGAAAGGUGCAGAAAGGGCGAGCCACUGGCCCAGCUCGCCGAGCUCAUAGGAGAUGGGAGAAGGCAGGGCCUGAACCCGGGGGUCUGGCUCCCUUCUGCUCGCCAAGUGCACAUCAGACUAUUUCCUGAUUAAUUCAACAAAGAGGUACCGAAUGCUUCUUUGUCCAAGGCACUCACUUAAGGAGAGAAGCCAAGACCUAUACCAUGGUCAGAGUUCAGUAAAGGACAUCUGCUUACCCUGUUCCCUACACUUAAAGCCCUUCUUUCCAACGUGUUGGCCACUCCCCAUUUCUGAAGACCUCUUCUGACCAGGGGUAGGAGAGCCCCGUGCCAUCUCUACAGACCCCUCUCCAGUCUGGGUCUUUGCAGAAUGAGGAACACAAGGCUUGUGCUACUUCGCAGACCCCUGGGUGCCCCUUUGGGACAGGACCCAGUUUUAUUCCUCUCCAGACCCCCAGAGCCACACCCAGGGCCGAGUGGGUCACCACUAUGCACUAAACGCCCUUGAGUGGAGGUUCAGGAUGCUACUGAAAUGUGUCGUUGUCACAGCUUCCCUGCUCGAGGCCACAGCACAGCGCCCAGCGUGGCCCCCAGGAGCAAAGAGGAGAGAGCCGAGCGCACAUCUGCCCGUUAACUUUCGCUUCCCCUUGGUUUGCCAGGAGAGACCGGCAGAGGCCAGGGCCAACGUGGAUGACUCGGCGCCCCCCUCCGUGGCCCAGCUGGCUGGGCGGUUCAGGGAGCAGGCAGCCGCUGCAAAGGAGACACCAGCCUGUAAACCAACGAGAAGGAAACCGCCCUGCUCCCUUCCCCUGUUCCCCCCCAAGGUAGAGCUGGGCCAGAAUGGUGAGGAGAAAUCACCGCCCAGUGCAAGCCAUCCUCCUAAAAUCAAGGUGAAGAGCUCGCCUCUGAUCGAGAAGCUUCAGGCCAAUUUAGCUUUCGAUCCCGCGGCCCUGCUGCCUGGGGCCUCUCCCAAGAGUCCUGGACUUAAGGCCGUGGUGUCACCGUUCCAGAGCCCACCCUCCACUCCCAGCAGCCCUGGCGUGCGGUCUCAGGCCGGGGAGCCCGAGGACGUGCCCGUGAGCUUUGACCAGCCUCCUGAAGGGAGCCGUCUGCCCUGUUACAACAAGGUGCGGACAAAGGGCUCCAUAAAAAGGCGUCCUCCCUCCAGGCGAUUCCGGAGGUCCCAGUCAGACUGUGGGGACCUGGCAGGCCUCGGGGCCCCCGAGUCAUCCCAGGAGAAUGGUGCCAAGGAAGAGAACGGGGAUGAGGUGUUCCCAUCCCACAGCGGGGCCCUGGGUUCUCCUCCUGCCGGCGAGGGGCCAGUGGGGGCCCAGGAGAAGCCUCCUCUGAGGAGGACGUCCAGCCGAGCGGAGAGGCAGGAGAAGGGCCAGGCCGCGGAUGAAGCGCAGCAGCCCCAGAAGGCUGUGGGGGGCUCUGAAGAGGAGGCCAGCGCACGUCCAGCCACAGGGGAGGCCGUCCAGCCAGCCCAAGCCUCCAACCCGGAGGCCGAGAAUGGUCGCAGGAGCCCCACAGAAGGAAAAGAAGAGACAGAAAAGAGGGAGGCAAAGGAGGAGGCGGCAGCAAAGGAAGACGAUGAGCCCAGACAGAGGAGCCAAGACACCGUGGGGUCGGCAGAGAGAGCUGUGGGGGAGGCCCCAGCAGGCCCCCCUGAAGGGGUGGAGGUUCCCCACAUCCCGGAGCAGGGCAAAGGCAAGGAAAGGGACGAGGAAGGGGCCGUUCUGGAGCCAGGCUGCCGCCCCAGCAAGGAGGCCCCCGAGACAGAGGAGAACACCCCUGUCCAGGACACUAAGAUGUGAGGAGGUCACCGUGCCUCGUGAUGAGGCUGCCAGAGACGCCUCUUUCAAAGGAGCAACAAGAGUAGCAGCCAAUGAAGCCGUCGCUGACGCAGAGCUCAUGGAGGGUCUGGAGCGGCCCGAGACAGAGACCUCGCUGUUUCUGGGUCUCCACGCUGACACUCUCUUGCAGGCAGAGAUCAGUCAAAAGGCCGGCAGCCUUGCAUCACCUUGAGUUUGUGUCACUGGAUGGACUUGGUUUAAGAAAAAAAA